AUGUUAUCAGCCGAUGCAUUAACUUUCCCUAAUUUCUUCAGUUCUUUCGGAUUGCCAGACGUUCUUGCUUUGUUGAUAAUUGUCUCUGUGCUAUACACAAUCAAAUUCUAUGUCUCUUACUUUAAUAGAGACAAUGCACUUCCUGGUCCACUCCCAUUACCUAUAGUAGGCAAUCUCCUUCAAUUUGCCAUGUAUGGUGACAUGGUAUUAUGGGUCGAUGUUCUCCAUAAGAAAUAUGGUGACUUGUGGGAAUUGUAUAUGGGAUCCGAAAGACACAUAUGGGUCUCUAGAGCUGAUUUGGUUGACAAAUUGUUUAGCACGUCAACAAAGAGUAAUUUCAAAUAUAGAACAAAAGGGAAUAGAGCGCUCGCCGAAAUUAAACUGUUAGACCACGGAAUUGGUAUGAAUAGAGAUCUGAAUCUUUGGGCCUUUAAUAGGAAGAUGAUGAAACUCGUGAUGACGUCGAAAGAGUUUAAUGAAUAUGUUCUUAAAAUCGUGCCAAAGAUGGUCAACGAAAUGGAAACAUAUUGGACCAAGUUGGGAUAUAUAGAGGAUGCGCGUCAAAAUGAUUUGAAUGACAAUGUCAAUACGAAUGCAACAGUCGGCGAUGUUAAAAUAAUUAAUCUUCCGGAUUGGUUCUUUGCGUUAACUCUAGACGACAUACUGCACAUAUCUACCAACAAACACGGUUGCGCUCUAGCAUCUCUCCUUCUUUCUCACUCACCAAAUUCCGAAAUACCUUAUUCGCCUGAAACUAUGAAUUAUGCCAAAGAAUUCCGCGAUUCUUGGGCGACAUUCAUGGAGAGCAUAAGCACGGCCAUAUUUAUGCCUGAUCUUGUUAGGCUGGGAACUCCAAUUGGUUUGAUGAAAAGAAGGAAAUAUCUGAAAAAUUCACAUUGGUUAAACAACAAUCUGUUGUCGAUGAUUAGAGAAAAGAGAGCCGAGAUUGAAAACGAGGUUAACGAUGAUAGCUCAAAGACCAACUAUGACAUUCUGAGGUUAUUACUGGUUGCCAAUACCCCUCGUGGACAUGUCGUGAAAAGGGGUUCGGAUGAAACGGACAAACCGAUGAGUGAUGACGAAGUUAGAGGGUUGCUGUUAGAAAUACUUGUAGCGUCUGUAGAAAGUUCUGCUAGUCUCAUGUGUUUUGUCAUCUAUCUUGUCCGUCACAACCCGGAAGUUAAGAAGAAAAUACGGGAGGAAGUCGAUCCUUUGUUCAAAGACAACCCAAAUGGAAUACUGCAGCUCGAUGAUGUGAAUAAAAAACUUGAUUAUCUUGAAGCUGUCAUCAAAGAAACCACGCGGAUUUAUCCUUCUGGGCCCAUUAAUCAAAGACUUUCUUCACAGGAUGAUGAAAUCGGCGGAUAUAAGUGGAAGGCAGGAACACAGUUUAUGAUAGACGUGGUUGGUAUUCACAACCAUCGAGCACACUGGUCUAAUCCCGAAGAAUUUAAGCCUGAGCGGUUUCUUUCUCAGUCUAAAGAUAUUGUUCCAAAUUCUAUUCAAACAUUUGGGGGAGGACUGCGUAUAUGCCCUGGUAAACAGUAUGGAAUGCUUUUUACAAAGAUCGUCCUGGCCUCAUUAUAUAAUAGAUAUGAUAUAGAGUUGGCUAAUGAGAAUGAAAAGCCAGUGGCUGUAUAUAGGAUUGCACUUCAUUGUCAUCGAUUGAGGGUGAAAUUGAAGAAAAGAAGCGUCAUUUGA